GAAGACACAAGUUUUCUAUGUAUUAUAAACACAUUCCACUUACCACAUAUUCUAACAAAUCCUUUCCUACAGAAUACAUUCAGGAGCACUGGAAAGAGGAUGAGUUCUUUGGCUAUCAGUUCCUGAAUGGCCUCAACCCCAUGAUGAUCCAGCGCUGCUCAAAGCUGCCAGAGAACUUCCCCGUCACAGAGGAGAUGGUCAAAGACUCCCUAGGAGGGAGCAGCUUGGAGGUGGAGAUGAAGAAUGGAAAUAUAUUCCUGUCUGACUAUAAGAUGUUGGAUGGACUGAAGGGAAAUGUAGUCCAUGGCAGAAAGCAGUAUCUCACAGCUCCAUUGGUCUUGCUGUACUGUAACCCAGAGGGAUUGAUGCUGCCUAUUGCUAUACAGUUGGGACAAAAGGCUGGAGUGAAGAAACCCAUCUUCCUCCCCACUGACCCAGAGCAUGACUGGCUGCUGGCCAAGAUCUUUGUGAGGAACGCAGAGUUCAGCGUACAUGAGGUUGACUUUCACCUGCUGAGAACUCACUUGCUGGCCGAGGUGUUCACCAUGGCAACAUUGCGGAACCUUCCGACGAUGCACCCGCUCUUCAAGCUCCUCUUUCCCCAUAUCCGAUACACAUUCCAGAUCAACAUCCUGGCCCGGGAGCUGCUGCUAUCCAAAAUUGGAUACAUCACCCUGUAUACAACAAUAGGUGGAGAUUCAUUGCCAAAGUUGCUGAAGGGUGCAACUGCCUCCCUGACCUACAGCUCACUCUGUCUGCCUGAUAACAUCUCUGAGAGAGGCCUGGAGAAGGUUCCCAACUACUACUACAGAGAUGACGGGAUGAGGCUGUGGAACAUUAUCAACAAGUUUGUUGAGGGGGUCUUGACACACUAUUAUAAAUCUGAUGGUGAUGUCAAGAAGGACUCAGAGCUCCAGCGCUGGAUCAAAGAAAUAUUUUGCAAAGGAUUCCUGGAAAGGAAAAGCACAGGAAUACCGCAGUCUUUUCUGGCAGUGAAGGACCUCGUCAAAUUUGUCACCAUGGUGAUAUUCACUGCAUCCGUCCAGCAUGCUUCUGUUAAUAAUGGGCAGUUUGAAUUUGGCGGCUGGAUGCCUAACUUCCCUAGCGCUCUCCGAGAGCCUCCUCCAAAGAAGAAAGGCCAGACCACUGAGCAGACCAUCCUGGAUACCCUACCUGAUGUGGGCACUACUGUUCACACAAUGGCUAUCCUCAGACUGCUAAGCAGCACUUCUUCAGACCAUUAUGCACUGGGGUAUUUCCCUGAAGAAUGGUUUGAUGAGGAAGUCCCUUGCAAGCUCAUGAAAAAGUUUCAGGAGGACCUGAAGUCACUGUCAGACCUCAUUAAGAAGAGGAACGCCAAACUUGAGCUGCCCUAUACCUUCCUGGACCCUGAGAAUGUGGACAACAGUGUGGCCAUCUGA